GACAACAGAUAAUAAUAUAUAUAUAAAUUAGAAGAGGAAGACGACAUGAGUGAUCUUGAUUCAUGCGGAAAGUAUAAAGAGGAGCAACAAGAUCUGCUGACAAUCAUUGAAGUGCAGGACACACCUCACCAUUUCAUAACCGGAGACGCAAGUUCACAGACACACCUCAGGGAUGAUUUCCCCUGCACUCACUGUGGGAAGAGUUUCAGCUGUACAUCAAACCUCAACAGACACAAGAAAACCCACACCGGAGAAAGACCCUUCAUAUGCGUUCAGUGCGGAAAGAGCUUCGCCCGUCGAGAGAACUUCUAUAGACACAAUCAAAGCCACAUCGGAGAGAAAUCCUUCGCAUGCAUUCAAUGUGGUAAAAGCUUCGUGUUUGUGGACGCGCUCAAAAAACACAUGCGCUGUCACUCUGGCGAACGACCGUAUGAGUGCGAACAGUGUGGAAAAACAUUUACUUUGCUGUCCAGCCUGAAGAGACACAUGAUCAUCCAUACUGAUUUAAAGCCGUACGCGUGUUCUCAAUGUGAAAGGAGUUUUUCCCGGCUGGACUGCUUGAAGAAUCAUCAGAAAACACACACCGAUGCCAGACCUCACUUGUGUUUGCAGUGCGGCAGUGCGUUUAGUUCAGCCGACAUUUUAAAACGGCACUGUAGGAUUCACACCGGAGAAAAGCCCUACUCCUGCACCGAAUGCGGGAAGAGUUUCACUCAAUCGGGACACUUAAUACAGCAUGAAAGAGUGCAUACUGGACGAAAACCGUAUAUCUGCUCCAUUUGUGGACAGAGUUUUAGCACUGCAAGGAAACUGCCGGCUCACAUUAAGAAACACCUUACAAUGACAACUGAUGCGUUCGGAAAUCUGAUGUAAUCGAUUAAUCUGAUGAGCUUUUUCCAUUAUUUGAAGAUCUUGUGACUUAAAAAGUGUAGUAAUUCAAAUUAAAUUGCUUAAUUAUAUCGAGAAAAUCAAAUAAAUGUU